CAAACAAAACGACCCUUCCUCUUUUCACGCUAACUAAAUUAUUUCCUUUUUUAAUUUUCUUUUUCAAAAUCUUGAUCGAUCUACUCUCUCUGUGGCGUCGUUUUGUGCUUUAACGCCUUUUAAGCGUUUCCGUUUCUCCUCAUGGCAUCUUGUGUCUCUUCUUUCUCUCAGGUUAAGUUACUGAAUUGGAAAUGAUUCAGUAAAUGAAAAGAUUGGUGAGAGAUCAAAUUAUAGCAAAGUGUAAUAUAAAGGAAAAUUAUUAAUUUCUUCACUGUCAUUGUUGUUGUUUGUGUAAUUGUGAAUAAAGAGAGAGCAAAAGAAGGAGAAUUGUGUAGUAAUUCUUAUUUUAGGGAUGGGGUAUUUGAAUUCCGUUUUAUCAUCUUCAAGCCAAGUUUAUGCUGAUGAUGCACCUGUAAGCGGCGGUGGUCUCAGUCAGAAUGGGAAAUUCAGUUAUGGAUAUGCAAGCUCUCCAGGGAAAAGAUCUUCCAUGGAAGAUUUUUACGAGACAAGAAUUGAUGGUGUUGAUGGAGAGAUAGUUGGUCUUUUUGGAGUUUUUGAUGGUCAUGGAGGUGCACGAGCAGCUGAAUAUGUGAAGCAUAACCUUUUUAGCAAUCUGAUCAAGCACCCAAAGUUUAUUUCCGACACCAAAUCAGCUAUAUCUGAUGCAUACAAUCACACAGACUCUGAAUUUCUGAAAUCAGAAAAUAAUCAGAACCGGGAUGCUGGAUCAACUGCCUCUACAGCUAUUCUUGUUGGUGAUCGUUUGCUUGUCGCUAAUGUUGGAGAUUCCAGAGCUGUCAUAUGCCGGGGUGGCAAUGCUAUUGCUGUUUCCCGAGAUCACAAGCCAGACCAGACUGAUGAGCGGCAACGGAUUGAAGAUGCUGGAGGAUUUGUCAUGUGGGCUGGUACUUGGAGAGUUGGUGGUGUCCUAGCUGUCUCUCGUGCAUUUGGUGAUAGGCUCUUGAAGCAGUAUGUUGUUGCUGACCCAGAAAUCCAGGAGGAAAAGGUUGACAGCUCCCUUGAGUUUCUUAUCCUUGCAAGUGAUGGGUUAUGGGAUGUUGUCACAAACGAGGAAGCUGUUGAAAUGAUCCAGCCAAUUCUGGACCCCGAGCAGGCAGCAAAGAGGUUGAUGCAGGAAGCAUACCAGCGAGGCAGUGCAGAUAACAUCACCUGUGUAGUAGUCCGUUUCUUGGGAAAUCAAGGUGGUGCAUCUGGUGGUGGCUCUGUGUGAGCAUGCUGAACAGGUACUGUGCUAGGUUUUUAUUCUUACCCAAGGAUAAAAAAAAGGACCAGCAUUGAAUCCUGUGGUGCGAAGCUGAUCAGGGAAACAUGAUAAUAGCAUCAUAUGUUUUGUAAGGAUAGAAAGACGAAGGAAGUCGACAGGCUGCCAACGUGUAUUUUACAUGUUUCAGCUUCUAGAAUAGAACUAUCCAAGUUUAGCAUACGUGCUUGGGUCUCGAGGUAGCUGGAACUGUGAGCUUGUGAGUCUGUAAAGAGUCUGGAGACUGUUUUAUCCAUUUCAUCCGUCUGUUGUAAAUGUGGUUUUCCAUACUUAGGUUUCUUUCUUGCUAAUUGCAUCUCCUUUACCUGA